AUGGCGUGCAAUCCUGCAACGUACGAUGGUAAAAUCGACCCGAUCGCAUGCCAAAGAUGGGUUUCAAACAUAGAAGCGGUAUUCAUACGAAGUCGGUGUGAUAAGGAAGAUCAGGUGAUGUUCGCUACUGGCCAACUCACUCUCCAGGCGAAAGAUUGGUGGGAUGCGCAUAGCAAGGAAAUAGGGGAGGAUAGACUCCAAAUGAUGACCUGGCAAGAAUUCAAGGAGCCCUUUAUGAGAUACCAUUGCCCUCAGUCGGCUAUUGAUAAGAUUCAGGAGGAUUUCUUGCGCCUCCGACAGAAAAAUGAGUCAAUAAACGAAAUAUCAAAUAUUUUCAUGGAUAAGAUGAAGUUCUGUGGGGAUUUCAUGAAGACUGAAAGAAUGAAGAUCAAUCGUUUUUACGGGGUAUUAAAGGAGAAAUUUAGGGAGUUCAUCACUCCCUCAAAAUGUGAGACCCUUGAUGAACUUAUCAAUCUGGCACGAGAUAGAGAAAUUGAAAUUAAGAGGCAAGAAGAGCGUGGUGAAAAGAGAUCAAGUGAAAAAGGUGCAAGUUCGAGCCCAUCUAAAAAGGGGAAGUAUCAAGAGCAAGGAAGGAAAGAUAAGUCGAAGGGUGGUAUUACGCCUUGCAAGACUUGUGGGAAACUUCACACUGGAGAGUGCUUGUUAGGCAAGAAGGGGUGCUACAAAUGUGGGGACACAUCAAGUCGGAAUGCCCAAAACUUCAGCAAGAGUCAAAAAAAAGAAGAUAAGAAGCAAGAGGGUUCUAGAUCUAAAGAGAGGAUGUUCCAAAUCACAUCCGAAGAAGCCAAGUCCCAACCAAAUGUGGUCUCAGAUAUCUUUCUAUUAAACUCCAUACCGGUUUAUGUUUUGUUUGAUACUGGAGCCACUAUGUCGUUUAUUUCUCAUGAAAUCAUACAACAUCCUUCAUUUAAGAUUGAACGAAUGCCGAUGCCUCUAGAAGUAGAAAUAGCCGAUAGUAAAAUCUAUAUGUUACGCGAGAUAUGUAGAAAUUGCAAAUUCACUAUAGAAGAUGAGGAAUUCGAUAUUGACCUCAUACCUAUGGUUUUGGGGGAAUUUAAAAUUAUAGUGGGAAUGGAUUGGAUGGCACGACACCGUGUGGAAAUUAAUUGUGAAAAUAAGAUAAUGUUUGUCCAAGCUCCAAGUGGAAGGCAAUUGAGUAUUCAAGGGGAGAGAAACGUGGAAACCAAAUUGUGCACCCUUGUCCAAGCCUUUAAAUACGUACUUAAUGGGAGUAGAGCAUACCUAGCUUAUGUGGUAGACGCUCGGCAAACCCUCCCGAAGCUUGAAGAUGUUAGGUCAUUAAUGAAUUUCCGGACGUAUUUCCGGAGGAAUUGCCGGGACUCCCUCCCGAACGGGAAAUAG